UAUAACACAUGUAGCUCGUCCCUUUAUUUAUACCAUCUCUGCUGCUCCAGUUAUCAAUUGCCCUCCCUCUAAUUUCUGGCCCUUCUGAUCACAAGUGUCUCCACCCUCCUCCGAAUCUAGGGCUGUUCUACGCAUUGCCCUCCCUCCUACUGCUCAGUUGGUUUGAACUGCAUCCCUCCCUUUCCAUCAAAGAGCUAGCCCACCAGCAGAUCUGUGGCUGUUCUCCCACCCUGCCUGCACACCCCUCCUUUCCCUAUCAUUGACCACUGACUAUUCUGUAGAAUGGCCUGCUCCUCAUUGAUAGCAGGUAGCUGUCCACUGCUGUAGUGCUGAUACUUGCUGAUCUAUACACCCCUCAGCUGGAGGAAUGAUAAUGGAGGAACCCACUGAAGAUCCAGGAGGACCAGAAGCUUCAGGAGGGGCAUCUGGACGUCAAAGAGAGCACUCGCCCAUGCUGCACCUGGAUCUUUAUAACUUUGAGAGCGCCGAGGCAGAGGGAAGUCGUUAUGUGCUCACAAGUCCACGCUCACUGGAGGCCUGUGCUCGUUGCCUUGUAAAACCUGUUGAACUCCUGGCCCGGAGUCUGUCUGACCUAGUAAAAGAAGCACCAGGUAGAUCUAUGCGAGUGGCAACAGGUCUUUGUGAGGUUUACGAGAUAGAGAGACAGAGAAAGCUGAAGAUGUGCAGGGAAGAGAGAGAGAGGAUUAUCCGUCAAGAAAAGAGACGGAUUCUACCCUUGAUAAUUAGUAGCAGCCUUGGCUCCCCAUCAACUUCAAAGUGUCCCUCACGUGCUGAACUUAAUUCCACCACAGAUCCCAAAAGGUAUGAAUCUCUGCCUACCACAAGCCACCAAAGAAAAAGUACACCACCUUCAAAGGAUGCACAUAGAACAGAUACACCACCUUCCAAGUUUCACCAAAAGAACAAAUCCCCCCUCACCAAAGGAUCAAAGAAACAUCAUGCACCAGCCCCUAAGGAUCAGAAAAAUUAUCCUUUGCUCAUCAAUAGAGCUGAAAGUAGUGAAUCAUAUACUUCAAAAGAGCCUGUCCGUGCAGUCCCCCCCAAAAAUAAGAGCCAGUCCUUAGACUCGUUGCAGAGAAUGAGGGAUGGAGCUUCUGCAAGAACAUCUUCAGAGUCUGCAACAUCAUCUUAUAGUGGUGAUAGUAUGAAGGACAAAACAGCACAGUUUCCUCAGAGGCCCCAAACUUUAGAUACUGUUAAUUCUCUGUUGGGACGAAGUUUUAGCCUUGGAGAUUUGAGUCACUCACCACAGACAACUAAGAAAGUGGAGAAGAUGGUAAAGGAGGUGAAGAAAUUGGGUGUUCAAGAACUUCCACAAAGGGACAAAAAGAUAGCAGCCCUUAUGAUCGCCAGACAUCAAGAGGAAAACAUCAGAAAUGAGCAACGUUAUUGGGCUCACUUACAGUGGGACACCCAACGUAAAACAUCUGAACUCAAGAAGGAACAGGAGGAUAAGGAAAGGCACAAGUUCUUGGUGCAGGGACACAGAAGGUGGGAGUCUCAGAUAAUGAAUAGACAUAACCGAAUUUCAUUGGAAGAGUUGGGCUCCUCCUCCCUAACCCAAAGCAGGAGUUUAGUACAGUUAGAGAAGUGGAGGGACAAAUCUCUGGAGACAGAGAAACACAAGAAAGGGAAGAAGGAAAAAGCCAGGCUGGACGAUGAACAAAAGAAGACCCAUGAAGAACAAAAGUUGAAAUCCAAUGAUCAAAAAGAGAAAGAGUCAUUUAAUCAGGAAGAAGAGAUACUUCAACAAAACAUGCUUGCGGCUCAAAGUAAAAAGCAGGAAAAAGAGCAACACAUGCAGAAAAGUCUACAAAAUAAAACAGACAAAAUGAAACAUCAGAUUCUUCUACAGGAAAUCUCUCAGAAGGAAGAGUCUGAAAAUGAGGAACUCAGAAAGAACAUGGAGAAAAAUCUACAUAGGGCACAAGAGAAUGUGGAACAUCUUCUAGAGAAAAGAAACCAAGAGUUGAAGAACAAGGCUCGUAAGGAAGAAUUACAAAUUUUGAGGGCCAGGCAGGUAGCAGAGAAGAAAGAGAGAGAACGUAGGGAACAUCUGGAAGAACUGGUCAGAACCGCGCAGAGAAGGCUGCAACAUGCAAGUCAGGUAGCUGAGGAGGUGGUACAGCACAAAGCAAAGAAGGCUUUGGAAGGAAGAUUGGAAAAAGAGAAGAUACAGAGGGAAAACAGGCAGAAGGUUCAGAAGAACGAGGACAUGAAGCGUCAAGAGCUAGUCAUGUCCAUUGAAAAAAAGCUAGAGCGCAGUGAACAAAUAUACAAGGAAAAACAAACAGUGCUUGACAAUGCUCGUUCGGUAGCCAGAGCUUCUUUCAAUAUCCGGGAGAAGGUACGAGCUGAGACCAAUACACGUACCUUUGACAAGAUGGCUCUGGAAGCUGAACUAUAUGCAAGCAUUGACAAAAACUGAGAAUUAAUAAAGGCCAUCAAAAGACACUUAUGCCAGUCUAGACAUUGGUAAGUAUCCACAGUAUUACUUCAGUACUUACCUUACGGAAAGAGAUUUGCAGUCCUAAAGACCUGUAGAAUGGUAAACUUGCUGAUUGCAAAAUCCCAACACAGGGAAUGUCAGGCUUCUCAUUGAUGCUAUGAUUAUUUCAUGUUCAUUGGCUUUCUUCAAUUCUAUCUUCUGGUAAUCCUAUGUAGAUCUAUUUAUGAUUAAUUAAUUAUCACAUUACAGAUUAAUAGGGACUGGGAAAAUGUCCACAUUCAAAGAACUGCCUCAGAACUCAGGGAGAGUGAAUUUAUUGUGGGUUGUCUUCUACAUGUAAUAAAUCUUCACUUGAUUUUUAUUAAUAAUACCGUUUCAUUCAGUUGAAUCAGAUAUCUACAGGUCCAGUGACAACUAAUGACAGCAAUAUACCUAUCAGGUUAAAUAAGGACACAGUGUAUCAAUGUAUGUUAGUCUGAUUUACCAACUGAAAUUGAAAACUUUAUAUUUUUAUUCCUGUUACUACCUAGAAAGUGGAUGGAGGUACUGUAAAAUUCACAUAAAAGUGGUUUUGUGUGGCACUAGGUAACUAAGUGUUUUUAAUUUUGUCAGUCAGUCCCUCGUGAUUUUAGGAGACACCAGUGUCUUCGGUGACAAAAAAAAACACACUGCAAGCAGUUCUGGAUUUUUUUUUUGUACCAGACUUGUAUAGAUCGGCAUUCACUGUCUGCGCAAGGUAGGAUUAGUUACAAAAUUAAGAUUGCUUAAAUCCGGCACAAUUCAAUAUUUAUCUGGCAUGCAGAGAUUAAUAUGCAACUAUGGUGUCCCUGGGAGGAAUACAAUUUUGGAACAAUAAAGUUAGUUAAAAGAUACUUUUUGUAAAAUAUUAGCAAUCAAACUGGCGCAAUCGUACUAACAGAGCGUUCAGGGCUUUUUGGAUAGAAUAUACCCAAUAAGUUACACGGUAGUCUUUUGGCUUGUGGCUGUUAAUAACUACUCAUACACAUAAUAAUCAGGUGAAGUUUGA